AAGCAAAUAAAGCCAAACAAAAGACUCCAUUAAUCACUCUCUCCUCUUAACAAAGCGUUACAGAGAAAGACACGAUCGAGAAAUGUCGGACGACGACGAGAGAGGUGAAGAGUACCUCUUCAAGAUUGUUAUCAUCGGUGAUUCCGCCGUCGGCAAAUCCAAUCUCCUCACCCGCUACGCCCGUAACGAGUUCAAUCCCAAUUCCAAAGCCACCAUCGGCGUCGAGUUCCAGACUCAGAGCAUGCUCAUCGACGGCAAAGAGGUCAAAGCUCAGAUUUGGGAUACCGCCGGCCAGGAACGCUUCCGUGCUGUUACAUCUGCUUAUUACCGCGGCGCCGUCGGAGCACUCGUCGUCUAUGACAUCACUCGCAGCUCCACUUUCGAAAACGUCGGUCGCUGGCUCGACGAGCUCAACACUCAUUCUGAUACAACAGUAGCUAAAAUGCUUAUUGGAAACAAGUGUGAUCUCGAGAGCAUAAGAGCAGUUAGCGUAGAGGAAGGCAAGAGCCUUGCAGAGUCUGAAGGUUUGUUUUUCAUGGAGACAUCAGCCUUGGAUUCGACCAAUGUAAAGACGGCUUUCGAGAUGGUUAUUCGUGAGAUCUACAGCAACAUUAGUCGGAAGCAAUUAAACUCUGAUUCUUACAAAGAAGAACUAUCCGUGAAUCGGGUUAGCUUGGUCAAGAACGACAACGAAGGAACAAAGACGUUCUCUUGCUGUUCGAGGUAACACCUUUGUACCGAUUUCUCUUUGUCAUGAGGAUUGGUUUCGGGUUGAAACUUAUAGAAAGACAUAGACAUUAUUUAAGCUCUCAAAAGAAGAAGAAUUUUUGAGUUUCUUUGUUAUAGAUACAGAAGAAAUAUGAGCAAAAUUGGAUAAGAAGUUUGGUCAGUGUAUAAGUUGUGUACUCAUUUAUACUUCCUACUUGUAACUUUUGUAAACUUGCGAGUGUUAAGUCAAUUUUUAUAUUUUCCAGUUGCUCUU